AAAGGUAGUUUAACAUUCGUAAUAGACGAUACGUUGUCCAUGGGAGGUGAAAUAGGGCAAGUGCGGGAAGAAGUUAACAUUAUAUUUGAUAAAGUGCUAAGUUCAAACGCUUCGCAAAUAGAAAAUUUUGUGCUCGUCACUCUAAAUGAUCCGGAAACUGUACUGCGUACCGUUACCAAAGACCCGAAAGAAUUUAAAAGAGCUGUAGAUGCAAUACAUCUUCAUUCGUUCGGCAGGCCGGAUUGUGCAGAAGCUGCUAUGGCAGGCAUUAACUUAGCACUUCGAAGUAGUAUGCCCCACUCGUAUUUGUACGUUUUCACUGAUGCAUCAGCUAAUGACUAUGCAUUGUAUGAUCAGGUUACAAGUCUUGCACACAAAAUGCAGAGCCAGAUUGUAUUUCUAUUGACUGGCGAUUGCGGUGAUAGAAGUACACCUGAAUACCAAGUGUAUCACAAAGUGGCAGAGGCUACGUCAGGACAAGUCUUUAAUAUGUACAAACAUGAACUGAAAGAUAUAUUGAAAUAUAUUGAGGAGUCUAUUACAGGCAUAGGAAGCAAGAUUGUAGACACAAAAUUUGAACCCGGCUAUGGUAAAAAUCUAACAUAUACCGUCGACUCUCACACUGGAGAUAUACUGGUAGCUAUAACUGGAGAUGAACCCAAAAUAGGAAACGCAAUUGGUCCCAGUGGAAGUCGGCCUUAUACAGAACACAUAGUAUCAGAAAAAAAAGAAAUGGCGGUGGCGAAGGUGACGGGUGCGAUGCCAGGAGAACACGUCGUGCCGGUCGGAAAAGGGAAUGUUCACAUGGGUGUCAAGGUACUCGGGACAGGAGUUAAACUUGAGACAGUUAAAAUACUUGGAAUGAAGGGUGAAGUUAUCGAGGAACUAAAAUUAGAACUAGUCGAUGAAAAAACGCAAUUCUACCGGACACCGUCAUUUAGCCCACCGUCUACUAUGUUUAGUGUAACUAUAAAUGGAUAUGACAUCGAAACUAAAUCGCCAGUGACGAGAAAAAGUUCAACACCUAUAUCUAGACAAGAUUUGUCCACAGAGGAAAAAGUUGAAACAGCACCAGUAGUAACGAUUGAUGGUGACUCGUCAAUAACUCUAUACGAUGAUGAUCCGUUAGAACUGACUUGUAAAGUUCACGCUUACCCCGAACCAGAUAUAAAAUGGGUGGAUAAGGAAUCUGGGAAUGCAAUUCUUGCUGAGACGAACAUCUUCGAAUUACCCUAUGAUUAUAUCAGUAUUUUAAAAAUAGACAAGGCAACCAAAAAUGCCACUUACGAAUGUAAAGCCAACAAUCGCAAUGGAAACGACGUUAAAGGCGUAGAAGUUAUGGCAAAAAGGAGAUUCUAUUUUUAUAUAAUCGAAUCUCCUAAAGAUAUUCGUAUAGAAUAUGCCAAAGAAGGUAAACUUGUUUGCAAGGUAUAUGCCUACCCAUCUGCGACUAUAAACUGGUAUAAAGAUGCAAAACCUUUGUCUAGUAGCAGCCGUAUUGAGAUAUCCAAAGAUCAGACAGUGGUGACCUUGAAAGACAUGCAACCAGGUAUGGAAGGAAAGUUCAUGUGUGAAGCAAGAAAUGAUAAAGAGAGGAAAGUAUUUUAUUCCAACGUUGAAAUAUUUGGUGUAGAAAAACCUGUUAUCGAUAAGACAAUAAACGAAAUCCGUGUCACAGAGAAAACAAAUGGCGAAUUAUCUUGCAGAAUUCUUAAGGGGAUCCCGAAACCAACUAUAGUCUGGUCCUUCCUAGGUUCGGGUACAAAAAUGUAUUUGAAACAAACUGGAGAGACCAUACAGUUGAAAAAUGCUCACAGAGGCCAAAGUGGCCUGUACACAUGUACAGCAAAAAACGUCUUGGGAUCUGAUAAUCACAACACAGAAUUGAUAGUAGAAUAUCCACCACGCAUAAAAAGUGAUGUAAAGGAAAUGAAGAUUUUGGAUGGCGAUAUAGCGAAGUUGCCAUGUGACGUGGAUGGAGUGCCAGCGCCAACGGUAUACUGGACAUUCAAUGGAAUCAAUGUAACAAGUACUUGGAGAACUCAAAUUACUACCGAUUAUAGUCUAAUAAUCAAAACCACUGUAGCUGACACUGGGCAUUAUGUUUGCCACGCAGAUAAUAAGAUUGGAAAAGAUGAAAGAAAAAUUAUUCUAAAAAUACAUCAAAAACCCGUUAUCGAUAAAUCAGUUGCCGAAAUCCGUGUCAGAGAGAAAUCAUAUGGCAAAUUGUCUUGUAGAAUUCUUAAGGGGAUCCCGAAACCAACUAUAAUCUGGUCCUUCCGAGGUUCGGGUACAAAAAAGUAUUUGAAACAAACUGGAGAGACCAUACAAUUAAAUAAAUGGGACACCUUACAGACUGAAAUCGAGAUCCUAUCUGACGAGCCACCAGUCGAGGAGGUUCCCGCGGAGCGUGUGCAGUUUGACAACGACUACUACCCGCUUGUGGCCCGAGCCAAGAGCCUACUUGCUGCCGGGAGGAAGGACAGCGAAUCUGCGGCGGAGUUCAGCGACGCAGAAUCAGGUGGGCGAGUAGAAUCUGAUACGACUGAAGGGGUUAAUACUACAGUGAGCGAAAACGAGAACAGUAACAUUAGUAGUGACAUACAACCGGAGAGAGCCAACCACCACACAGAUCAGAAGGCUUUCCAACUUCUGCAACAAUGUGCUCAGCCACCACAACCGGAAACUGAUUCUUACAUUGCUUUCGGGCAGUAUAUAUCUACUGAAUUGCGGAAAUAUGAUGCAGAUCGCUUGGAGCGCAUAUUUGGGAUCGCAAGUUUCCAAAAGUGGAUCGGCCUAAAACGAUCCACGAUCCACGCUCCGCGAUCCUGGAUCGCGGAUCGCGGGAUCGAUGGAUCGUUUGGUGUGGACCCGGCUAUUAAGAUACACAUGUUUUGUGAGUACAAGCUUUACAUCCCUGACGGUGCAAGACGACAAUCAUACAGCUUGCACAAGUUCCAAAAUCUGCUAAAGCCCUUUUUGAUAGUUAGCACAGACGGAUACAUCAUUGAUGUAAAAGGGCCGUACCCAGCCACGAAGACAGAUGCCAACAUAAUGAGCAGCAUUAUGAACGACUAUGAAAAUCCCAUACACGUUCUGUUGGAACCCAACGAUGUUUUUAUCCUGGAUCGUGGAUUUCGAGACAGCCUUGGCGAUAUUGAAGCUUGUGGAUAUGAAUACCACGUUCCACCUUCAAAGGACAGAGAAGAAUCUCAAUUAACUACCGCACAAGCAAACGAAUCCCGAAAGGUGACCAUGUGUGCCGAAGAAAUAAGGAGGAAGAUUGAUACACCCAAUAUUCUAUAUAAUUACGUAGAAACGAAACGACUGAACAAUAGAAGAGCAGACUUUGUGCGUCUAGAAGCAAAUGAUGUACAGUUCCCACAAUACACCGAAGAGCAGGUUAUUUUGUUGGCUUUAGGUACCUACCAAGUAAAGCUUGCACGAUCGUACUGCAGUGAGCACCUUCAAAAUGGAGUGUACACCAUUGAAGUAUACAGGCAAAAUGCUUUAGAAAUUAGAAGACUUGCCUGA